UCCAGAUAUGGUGUUUGUUAUUCAACCAGAGACAACUCUUUCAUCAUCCGCGAUGGCUGCAUAAGUUAUACUUCUAAAGUGAGGCCAGUUCAUGACCGCAUAUUUACUGGCAUAGGCUCUUCUGUUUAUUCAAAGACCGCUUGGCAUGCUUAUUAUUAUUUCUUCUUCCACUGUAUUUAUUCAAAAUGGCGUUUACACGGAUCGCCCUUUCUGCUCUGACACAUUGUAAUGGGUUAUCACUGGUCGCAUUGCUUCCUAUACUAAUAUCAGGAUACUUCGUCUCACUUCCUAUCUGCAACAUCUACUUUCACCCGCUCGCUCAAUACCCUACGCCCCGUCUCGCCGCCGCGACGCCGUGGUGAACGGCCUUCUCUAUAUCCGCGGUCGUACCACGUAUGAUCUCCUGGAGCUACACAACCGAUUCAGUGCUAUUGUUCGAACGGUCAUUGAUGCCCUAUCGUACUUCAAAGCGCCACAGCUGAAGGGGAUUUACGGGCACAAACUGCUUGGUUAAGCACAAUUUGAGACGCAUCGACAAUGUUGGUUUUGCUCUUUUAGGAUAGAUGCAUGUCAUCAGAGCACAAUAUGUAGUAGCUACCUUGACUUGCUCUCCAAGACACAUGCUGUGUACAUGUUAGUAAUGACUCGGAUUUUGUAUACAAGGC